AACGAGUGGCUAUGCGAUGUGUUCUCGAUUGUGACUGUGGCUUAUCAGCCGAAUCUUUUAUGUGCUUGGAUAGUCGGAAAAAACGCGAGACAUAUGGAAACCUUAUCGGAUGAUGACGUAUUCGACGGAUUGUAUUUAUUGUUACAAAAAUCGUUUGGUAGUCAUUAUAAUGUUGUGAAGCCAACAAAAAUGUUAAGGUCUAAAUGGUAUACCAACGAACAUUCUCGAGGCUCGUAUAGUUUUCAAAGCUUGCUUUCCGAGGAAAUGGAUGUAAGACCGAAAGAUUUAGCCGAGCCAAUAUUGACUGAAAAUAAACCUGUAAUCCUUUUCGCUGGAGAAGCUACACAUGAUCAUUAUUAUUCCACUGUGCAUGGUGCCGUGGAAACUGGUUUCCGCGAAGCGGACAGACUGAUCGAUUUUGAAAG